AGGUUGCAACGACGUCGUUUUCGACGUCAGCGAAAUCGAAAAAACAACGGGGAAGGAAUUGGUAGAUAAGAAGGCUACCUCUCACAAGUUAACGAGUAGAAAUUUCAAGCGAACCGUUUUCUUUGGCUUUUACAAUUUGGAUAUUGGGAAUUACAAGUUGCGACCUCCAGUUGGACGCAGUAAUAGAAGUAGUAUAAUUUAGUUAUUUUUUGAGAGAAUAUCAACAAAUAAUAAGACUUAUUACACACACACACAUAUUUGACAAAAUGCUCUCUUUAGACUUUCUCGACGAUGUUCGGCGAAUGAAUAAGCGCCAGUUGUAUUACCAGGUGCUGAAUUUUGGUAUGAUCGUGUCUUCAGCCUUGAUGAUUUGGAAAGGCCUGAUGGUUGUGACUGGAAGUGAAAGCCCAAUUGUAGUUGUUCUCAGUGGCAGUAUGGAGCCUGCAUUUCACAGAGGAGACCUGCUAUUUCUCACAAAUCGAGUUGAAGAUCCAAUCAGAGUUGGAGAAAUUGUGGUGUUCAGGAUUGAGGGCAGAGAGAUCCCUAUUGUCCACAGAGUGCUCAAAAUUCAUGAGAAGGAAAAUGGGGACAUUAAGUUCCUGACAAAAGGAGAUAAUAACUCUGUGGAUGACCGAGGCCUAUACAAGAGGGGACAGCAUUGGUUGGAGAAGAAGGAUGUGGUGGGCAGGGCAAGAGGAUUUGUGCCUUACAUAGGAAUUGUUACAAUUUUGAUGAAUGACUACCCUAAGUUUAAGUAUGCUGUUCUAUGCAUGCUGGGACUCUUUGUUUUGGUACAUAGGGAGUAAUCCUUCUCUACCAAGGACAUCGUGAUAAAUCAAGGCAGUUCCAAACCUCCCAAGCCAGUUUUGCUAGCAUGUUACUUCUUUUUAUGCCAAAUAUUUGUAACUGUCAAGAACUGAGGUUAAAGAUUAAAAUUACAUGGCUGUUAAUAUUUGUUUUUGUUUAUCUUGCUAUAGCCUCCCAAACGAUUUUUUUGAGUUUUUCUGUAUGAUGUGCUUUCAUCAAAUGUUCAAGAUUUAAGUAAAAAACCUAGAGCAUCUCCUAUUUGGUUUAUAUAUAUAUAUAUAUAUAUAAUCUUUGAAUAAAACAAGUCUUUGCCCAUGGUUUAUGGGGAAAAAACCAUUAAGGAAAUUAAAAGACGGACUUGAAUAAAUCAUGGAUAAAUGUGUUAUGUUUUUUUAUUAACAUGGGGCUAAUAUAAAAUAAAAUUAUUAAUUUUCCAGUC